GCGAUCCAGGAUUUCGUCACACUUUUCUCCUGACUGUGAGAGAGAUUAGAAACAGCUCUGACAACAAGCCUUCCUACAACCUCACUGUGUCCAUUCACCUGACAAGUGUACUCAAGUAUAUACAGAGGAUUAUCAACAGAUUGCAGAACUCUUAUAAAACUCCAUCAUGCUGAUAAAUGACAAAGUCGACAAAGUCAGGCGCCUUCCUGGCGUCGUCCCUCACACCACCACCCUCCCCGACGGCCGCCUUGUCAUCAUCGACACCAUGAGCGACUCCCAGUUGUCAGAAACAUUCGGCCUCAUCCAAGCUGCAGCCCAGAGUGGCAAUGGUUUUGGGGUGGAUGAAUACUCCUCAGAGAAGGAAUUCCGUGAAGACAUCGAUGGCAGUUUCAACUUCGCCAUAAUGAGCAAGGACACUGGGGAAAUGGUUGCUGCAUUCAUGCUGGCUAUCAGCAAGUAUUACCGUGGCUGCAACAGCGUUGCCGACCCCUUCAUCAUUGUCAAGAAAUCAGAGAGAGGCAAGAGAAUCGGCGAGUUUUGUCUCCAAAUGUGUGUGGACUUUGCUCAAGAUUUGAACUUCGUGGGAAUGUAUGUGGACACUUUCAGCAACAACCGCGCCAUGAUCAAAAUCAUCGAGAAUGUUGGUGGAUUCACCCAAGUUGGUUGUCUUCCCAUGGGUGGCAAGAUGAAAGAUGGAUCCAUUGUCAGCUCAAUCAUCUUUUACAAAGAUUUCAAUCCAUAAACUGUUGACUUUCCUUCCAUGGCUUUAUCUCCAUUACGUCUCUACGUAGUGUACACGUCAUCACGGCUGUGUUGACGUCACAACAACGUGCUUUCUGUAUGAUCUGCAGAUAGCACUGAGAAGGAGCCCCUUCCGGUACGAAGAAUCCCAGUUCCGCUUUCGUCCACUGUCCAGUUUGGUCAGUGGAGCCUGCUCAGUAUUUAGGUACGCUGGGUCAACCGGGUCGCCUUAUGGACUGGUUAAGAUCGGACAGUAGUAGAAAUGUGCAAUGAGAAGUGUAUUGUUCACGCAACAGUAUUUGUUAGUCUUGCAAUAGAAAGAAUAAAUGAAUUACCAAGAAAAA